GUCGAGGCGUGAUUUGGGACAGGAUGCUGAUCACGUGCCUCCGAUACCACGGCGGCUCAGUGACGUUUUAUUGACGGGCGAGAGAGUUCAUGAUGUAAUCUUUUGUGUACGUGAAACGGGUCGAAGUGACGUCCAGUGCGAGCAGUGAUUGGACAGUCGCCCACCAGCAAAUCUGGGCUGCGCUGCACAGACCCCAGAAGUCGAAGUUCAAGCUGGAGAUCCCUGUUACUGUGAGCCAUUGUAGCUCAGCCACAUUUCCCUCGCUUCCUCACUACAACUACUAGCAACCCAGGCCUGGCUCGGGCUCUGUUUCUGGCUCUCGGUGCUCCAGGCGUUCUGAGCUGCACCACCUCAUCACAAUCCCAACUUGCAAAAGAUCCACGCUACCAAAACACCUGCAUCUUCUCCAUCCUCCUUUUCGACCUUCCACCUUGCGCUCUUAUUCUUCGGUAGUGAUCUUCGCUUUUCCCAAAGAUACCCCGACCUGGAGCGCGUGGAUAUGGGGAAACAUAUUGCUUUGCAUCCCUGCCAGCACGUCGCGCGAUAGGCACCUUCGUCAUCGUGCCGCAAAACUUCUUUUUCCCCAAGGGCUCUCGCCCGGGCAAGUUUUGUCUGGUUUAGUCGUCGCGCACUAUCGCAACCAUGAGCAUGUUUCAUAGACGGAGCAGGUCUGCGUCGGCCUCUCGGCCCCAGACUCCUGCGUCCGCUUCCGCGCAUCUGGCUGCGACUCAAGCCUUUCUUGCCAAUCGGACAUCUCAGGGGAACCUUUCGGCCUCUGCGGCAGCGGCAGCAUUGAGGUCUAUGACCCCCACACCUACGCCUGUCGAGAAUGUCCAGACAAAACGUACAAUACAGAGGCAAGCAUCUCUAAGUGCGCUGUCAAGCUCUGGCCGCGGCAGGUCAAGAGGAGGCCUGCAGAGGCAGACCAGCGCUGGGUCCAUGACUGAGAGGACUUUUAGAACGCCGUCACCGUCGCCUUCGAGACCGCCAUCGCGACCGCAACCGGUAGAGCACCCUCCCCUUCCAAACAUCCCCCAGCAGUACGCCGGUAAUGUUACUGCGCAAAAGCCGAAGAAGACUCGCGCGGUCAGUCAGGGAGCACCUCCAACUCGGGUCGUGUCUCCGCCUCCGACGCGACCGGUCAACAGAGGACAAAGUGUAGACCGCUAUCGACAGCCCGAGCAGCCACUUCCAAACACCAAUGCCGCUGCUACGGAUGAAACUCAACCUACGGACAGCCGCAACUCCAUAAAUUUCUCCAGGCCCUUGUCUCCUCUUCCACGCUCGCCCUCAGGCCUGACGAACGGUGAACGUGCGCCUACGAGUGUAUCCGCCAACGCCAUAGCUCCAGCCGAGGCCGAGGAGAUUCAGCAUAAUCUGAGAGAAAGUGCCAAUCAGCCCGUGAAGAAGAAAAAGAAGAAGGUUGCCCCGGGGUCGACGGAAGGCAGUCAUCUACAUGGCGGUACAAUGGCAAGCAAGCCGGUGGUUACGCCUCUUGAGCCCGUCAUCGAACCCCAAGGGGAAAACGCAACUGAACAGCCGCCGCAGGCAAAGAAGAAGAAAAAGAAGAAGUCCGCGCUUUCCGGACAAGAUGGAUAUCAUGCCGCGCCUGACAGCUCCUCUCGGACAGACUCGGAUUCGGAUUCUACUGUCGGUAGUGCGAGGGACCGACGUGCCAACAGAGCAUCUGGCAUGUUGACAAAGCAGCCUUCUAUUGUGCGGGAGGAUUGGGAAGGCGAGCAGAACGAAGAGGCUGGUCCAGCGCAGACCUUGGACCAGGAUUUGGAUUCUGCAAGCACUCUUCCGAACAAGCGUUCGGUCAACGCCGCAAACGUUUCGAGGAAGAUUGAGGAGCCCAAUGUUCCGUCGCAGACUGUUAAUCAGCUUGUUACCUCCGAUGUUCAGGCUGGCACUACACCUGCUGGACGGGAGCAAGAAUCUGCCGCCUCAAGAAAUCUGCGAGUCGUUGAGCCACGACCAGCGAGAGGUACUUCUCUUAGUCCCUCAAGAUCUACAAGGUUCUCCGAACGGCUUUCAUCUGACCUGGCCGCGGGACAAAAGCACGAGCCGCCGCCGCGUUCAGUAUCGCCUGCAAAACCAGCGCUUAAACAUCAUUCCCCCAGUCCAAGGAUGUCUCCAAGUGACCCGUAUGCCCGUGGCUCGAGCGUUACUCCGAGUGAGGCUUCGGACAUCUCAAGCAUAUCUGCCGAUGGCGCACCCAGGCGGAAGAAGUCGGUCAGAGUGAGUUUCGAGUCUGAGCCCGAAGUCGUCGGUAUAGCCGCGUCCGCGUCUAGUGCAGAAAGUUCCAAGCCCGAGAAGAAAACGUGGCUACCGAAGGCGAGACCAGCUUUGAACACAAUCGAAUCAAAUGAUGAUAUGGAAGAGUUGAUGAAGCCCCGGCCUCAGCUUCCCUCAUUUGGUAGCAUCAGGGGACAAAGCUUCCGGGAGACGAGCGAGUCACCUUCGUUGCCACCAGCGAGGCCGUCGGCGGAAGCCCGCACAUCGGCCCCUGUCAAGGAGAAAGGCCCAACCUCAUCAGAAGCCUCCGCUAAUGUCCGCGAUUCCACGUCUUAUACAACCGGUGUCUCAAGCGACCAUGCAGUCGGGGCUAUUCUGGCAAAUGAAGCGAAGAGGUCGCCCCAACCACAAAGUCAAGGCCGCACAAAUGAGCCACUGCCGCCGGAAGUCACCUCUGUGGAAGGAGUUGUCUCGUUUUCAGAUUCAGAGAGUGAGGGUUCGGAAGAUGGGGGAAGGACCGAGACUUCAGACGUCAAUCGGCAAGCUGAGGGUCAAAGAGACACAGUUCAAGGAGCAAAGCAGACGUCCUCUUUGGCUCAGCAAAGAGAAUCAAACGGCGAGUCAACUUCUCGGCCAGAUGUGCCUGUCCUGUCGAUCUCUCCACCCACUCCUGGCCUCGAACAAGGCGCCACAGAUGAUGGUUGGAUUGUCGAGAUACCAGGAGGAUUUCCUACGUCUACGGCAGCCGAAAGUACUUCUGCUCAAGAAGGCCGUGAUGUAUACUCGACCAGCGACGAGGAUUCGGACAAUGACAGUAUCUACAGUGACGCAGCAGAAGACCCCUCGGAGCUUGAUGGCACUGGUUUUGGCUCAAUUGACGCCAUUGUUGACAGUCCUGUCGUCCCUGUUGCCUCCAUACUGGCGACAGCUGUUCCAGAAAGCCCACUCGCACGCCCAGCGCAACCACAACGUCAAGAGCCUGUUCGCGAAUCAUCUUGGCAAGAGGCCCAAGCACGUUGGAAGAAUAUUGCGCAGCAGACUCGGCAAGGUCCAGCACUGGAUGCUUCUGCAUCUGAACAGCCACAGGUGUCAGCAGCCCAAAAGCCGAUUUACAGCCAAGUCACACAGCAACAACCAAGCAGCGCUCCACCACCAAGUCAGGCCGCGCCACAGGCCCAACGGCCUCAGCCUCCACCAGAACCUCCCCGGCAACAGGCUAGCCAGCCUCGGCGCAAGAAGAAAACUCAGGCUUCUAUCGCUGCUGGGGCAGCAUCAGCUCCUGCCACUGCUGGCGCUGUGCAGCGAAAUCCACAAUCUACACCACGCACGAACAAACCAGCCUCUGCAACGACGGCGGUCAGUCAACCAAGGUCCUCCGCUAAGGCAGCCACAGCCGCCGCCGCAGCGGCACCCUUCAGACAGUCCAUGAGGGGCAAUGCGCCUACCGAGCCUGAAGCCGGAUUCCGGAAAUCUAUGCGGAACACGUCCAUGACUGACUCCGGUGCGACACGACAGCAACAGCGACAAUCACAGUUGAUGACCUCUAGCCCAGCUCAACAGCCGCGAGCCGCUUUGCAAAAGAAGCAUAUUCCGCCAGCGCCAGCGGCCGUGUCGCCAGCCGCUGCUCUAGCGCAACGGUUACCUCCCAUGCCCAUCGUCGCCAACGACAGUGAUUCGGAUAGCUCAUUCCGAAAACGGCGACGUCGUAAAUCGGCCACUCCCGGCCAGCACGCCAUGCGUCGCAGUAUGCGUGGGGCGGCUGAGCCAACAUUGCGAGACACUGGACACGAUCACCUUCGUUCCCAGUCUCCAGAGCCUCGUCGACCAUUCUCACCGACGAUGGGCGCUCGCUCCAUGCGAACAUCCAUGAGAGGAUCUAUGGAUUCUGGCGUACCAACCCUCCGUGCUGCGCCAACGGAGACCAAGCGGUCAUCUUCUCUUUUCGGGCGUCGGCAGAAAAGCCCACCUCCAGUUCCAGCAGUUGUCGGAUUUACACACAAAGCUCGGUCUCGAAUCGCGGACUCAGAUGAUGAAGAUGCCGUUCCACGGACGAGCAAAUUCCGUUCCCGGUUCGCGGACGACAGUGAUGACGAAGUGGACACAUCUCACCUUACGCCAGUCCGUGGAAUACCCCGGCGAGCAGGCGACGAUGACUCGACGGACCUCGAAGAUAGCUCUGAGGAAGAGAAACCGACGGUGAAAACUCCUCCUAAGCUUCAAAUCCCGGCAAAUAGCGCGGCACUCUCUGGUGAAGAGCCUCCUUUGUCUCCUACUACGGAGAAGAAGCGUGGCCUGUUCGGGAGAUUACGAGGCAAGAAACACAAGGAGGAGCCAUCUUUGCCUUCGGUCAACUCGACUCCAUCAGCUCCCAAGGUAGACGCGAGCAAGCCGUCACAGUUGGGGUUUGCAUCCGCUGCGGAGAGAGAUCGUGUGAUCGAGCAGACACGGGCGAAGCUCGAGGCAGCAAAGGACCAGCCUGUUGCCGAAUCGCCAUCUUCUCAUGCCAAAUUACAACGACGGCAUCAACCGCACCGGAUGAUGAGCGAUUCGUGGCCUUUACCGCCACCCAAUAUCCAAGAAAGCGGCACGAUUCGACCUAGCACCUCGGAUGGAGCACCAUUCCGGAACGGAUCGACCAGGCUCACCCAGGGCAGCAUGCGACCGAAAGAGCCACCGAUUGAAGCGGUUGGUAGAAGUGGGAAGAAGAAGAAAUUCCCUAUGCUGCGGAAAGCUUUCGGGUUGAAGGAUUAGUAUUGCCUUGGACCGUGACUGGACGUGUGGUUUCAUUGGCAACAUUUCUUAUUGUGAACGGAUCUAAAUUUUCUCUCUUCUGGGUCCUGCUCGAUUAUAAUGUGCCAUGUACGACACACAGUACAUGAAGCGUGGAGUAUAGGACAUGUCAAGAUUGUGUUUUGAGAGCAGGGAAGCCGGGAGGUUUAUCACAGGGUCCAUACAUGUGUUGUGGGAGGGACUCACUGCAACGGUAGAUAGUUCAUAAUAUAUAAUUUUAACACAA